CAAGAACCAGAGAAAUACGGGAGUCUCUGCUAGACUGCUAUCCUCCAUUUUUAAAAGUUUAAUUGUUUUUUUCUUCCUUUUCAUCGUUCUGACUGACUUCUUCAUUGCCGAUAAACCCUAACUAUCUGUAUCCAAUCGUCAUCUGCUCGACCUGCAAGUUCGGGAAAUUGAGUUUGUGAAUAUCGCAGAUUUGCCUCUGGGGAUCUUACUUGUAGUUUGGUUAUCUGAUGCAGUAAUCAUUUCAAUUGAAGGCUUCCUUGGAACCCAACCUUUUUUUUAUCUUCACUAAAAAUGACGUCGUGUUAUGGUGUUUGGCCUGUCUUCCUCUCAUAUAAGUGCUCACUACAUCAAAAAUCAAACCUUCCAUCGGCUUCACAUCUCUCUGUAAGUAAACAACACUUACGGAUGACUUGGUUCGUCGGAAAAAGCUUGGGUUUUUUUGAAGGAAAGACUGAACCCUUCGGUGAUAACUUGAGGAAAACCCGUUUCCCCAUCCUUCCCAUCAGAGCUGCUGCUGUGAAGAGGAGGAAAGAGAUCCCGUUUGAUAAUGUGAUUCAAAGGGAAAAGAAACUGAAACUUGUUUUAAAAAUCAGGAAGCUUCUGAUGAGCCAACCCAACAGAAUCAUGGCACUCCGCGAAUUAGGUAGGUACAGGAAAGCAUUGGGCCUCGAUAAAAAAAGAAGAUUCAUUGCUCUGUUGAAAAAGUUCCCUGCUGUAUUUGAGGUAGUAGAAGAAGGUGCUUAUUCUCUGAAGUUUAAGCUAACCCCAGAGGCAGAGAGACUGUAUUUAGAGGAGAUGCAAGCUAGGAAUGCGAUGGAGGAUUUGUUGGUGAUUAAGCUUAGGAAACUACUAAUGAUGUCUCUAGAUAAGCGGAUCCUCUUGGAGAAGAUUGCACAUUUGAAGACUGAUUUGGGGCUUCCUUUAGAGUUCCGUGACACGAUUUGUGUCAGAUACCCGCAAUACUUCAAGGUGGUUGAAACCGGACGGGGCCCGGCUUUGGAGUUGACUGAUUGGGAUCCAGAGCUUGCUGUGUCCGUGGCUGAGCUUGAGGAUGAGGAGAGGCGCCAACACGAAAGGGAAGAGAGGAAUUUGAUCAUCAAUAGAUUGCCAAAGUUUGAUAGAGUGAAGUUGCCCAAGGGUCUUAAUCUCUCUAAGGGGGACAUGAGAAGAAUAUGUCAGUUCAGAGAUAUGCCUUACAUUUCGCCAUACUCCAGCUUCUCCAUGUACAAUUCCGGCACCCUGGAGAAAGAAAAGCAUGCAUGCAGCGUGGUGCAUGAGAUAUUGAGCCUCACGGUGGAGAAACGCACCCUCAUUGACCAUCUCACUCAUUUUCGCGAGGAGUUUCGGUUUUCUCAGCAGCUGAGAGGGAUGUUGAUCAGGCACCCCGACAUGUUCUAUGUCUCUCUAAAAGGGACUAGGGACUCCGUCUUUCUCCGCGAAGCAUAUCACAAUUCUCAAUUAAUAGAGAAGGAUAGAUUAUUGCUCAUAAAGGAAAAGAUGCGUUCUCUUGUUUCUGUUGAACGGUCUAUUAGGAGAAGCUUUGAUAAUGAUAAUGAUAAUAGUAGUAAUAAAAGUAGUAAAACUAAAAGUAAAUGGGAUGGUGGAGAGGAGUCAGGCAUUGAAAAUUUAGUGAGUGAUGGAUUUGAUGAUGAAGAUGAAAAUGAAGAUGAUAAUGAAGAUUACCCUGAUGAAGGUGAGUGGAGCGAUGACGGUGAUGAUGAUUUGCCCCCUGACUUUACUGAUGAUGAUGGUGAACUUAUAAACCCGGAAAGUGUAAAACCAGUCACAAUGAUUUACGAACCAAAGAGGAAGGAUGAGGAGGUUCUUGCCAUACCUGUUUUCCCUGAUGGUCGGCCCAGAGAGCGUUGGUGAAAAAAGAUGCAAUUACUUGUAGCCUUGUAGGAGACACCUUUAUCUGAUGGCUGGUAACUGUUUCUCAAAUUAGACAACAUAAUGUCUAUGUCAUAUUUUUGGAUUUGAGUUUUAUGUUUGGUGUUGGAUGAGCUGAUGUAUACAAAAUAGUGAAUAUGGUGACAUCUGGUUUGGUCUGUUGUUAAUUAUAGUUGCUUCAGUUGCAUAUUUCUAUAUGAAUUUGAUUACCUUUUGAGGAUCUUCUGGCAUGAGUUAAGCCAGAAGAACACAGUUUGGAUUUUGUUAUUGUUUUUGAGGCAGACCUUUGUGGUGGUACCCUUUCCCGAACCCUCACCUUGUGGGGACGCCAAUGUGCACCAGGCCGGUUUUAAGAUAGACGGGAAAAAGUAAAAACAUCUUUCAGCAUCCUUUUUUAGUUUUUCAAGGUAAGCAAGACUGUUUACAUGUAACUAGACAUAUAAGAGGGGUAGCAUGUUUUUGCAGUAUGCUUAAAUGCUUGUUAAUAAUAAAUUUGUAUGUUAUUUAUUAUAACAUUCUGGCCAAGAAGCUAGCUUAAAUAUUGCUUCAG